AUGGUGCCCAGCUUCCUCUCCCCGAGCCUCUCCCGCUUGGUCCUGUGGGCUUCUGGGCUGAUCUUGGUCUUAGGGUUUCUGAAGCUCAUCUGACUGCUACUGCAGAAGCAGAAGUUGGCCAAAGCUAUGGAAAAAUUUGCAGGGCCUCCCACCCACUGGCUCUUUGGACAUGCCCUUGAGAUAUCUGAGAUGGGGAUCCUGGAUGCGGUGGUGUCCUGGGCUCACCAGUUCCCCUAUGCCCACCCACUCUGGUUCGGACAGUUCAUUGGCUUCCUGACCAUCUAUGAGCCCGACUAUGCCAAAGCUGUGUACAGCCGUGGGGACCCUAAGGCCCCUGAUAUGUAUGUCUUUUUCCUCCAGUGGAUUAGGAGAGGACUGCUGGUUCUUGAGGGGCCCAAGUGGUUCCAGCACUUUAAGCUGCUCACACCUGGCUUCCACUAUGAUGUGCUGAAGCCCUAUGUGGCCUUGUUUGCUGAGUCCACACGUAACAUGUUAGACAAGUGGGAAGAGAAGGCUCUGGAGGAUAAAUCCAUUGACAUCUUCAGUGAUGUAGGCCACAUCGUGCUGGACUCACUCAUGAAAUGCACCUUUGGAAGAGGAGACGCCAGCCUGGGCCACGGGGACAGCAGCUACUACCUUGCAGUCAGCGAUCUUACUCUGCAGCAGCAGCGCCUUGAGACCUUCCAGUAUCAUAAUGUCUUCAUCUACUGGCUCACACCACAUGGCCGCUGAUUCCUGCGGGCCUGCCAGGUGGCCCAUGACCAUACAGAGCAGGUCAUCAGGGAGUGGAAGGCAGCCCUGAAGGAUAAGAAGGUACGGGAAAAGAUCCAGAAACAGAGGCACCAGGACUUCCUGGAUAUUCUCCUAGAUGCCCAGGAUGAUAAUGACAACAAGCUAUCAGAUGCAGACCUCCGGGCUGAAGUGGACACGUUCAUGUUUGAAGGCCAUGACGCCACCACCAGUGGUAUCUCCUGGUUUCUCUACUGCAUGGCCCUGUACCCUGAGCACCAGCAUCGCUGUAGAGAGGAGGUCUGUGAGAUACUAGGGGACCGGGACUCCUUCCAGUGGGAUGAUCUGAGCAAAAUGACUUAUCUGACCAUGUGCAUCAAGGAGAGCUUCCGCCUCUACCCACCUGUGACCCAGGUGUACUGCCUGCUCAGCAAGCCUGUCAUCUUUGUGGAUGGCUGGUCGCUACCUGCGGGCAGCCUGAUCUCUAUGUACAUCUGUGCCCUCCAAAGGAACAGUGCUGUAUGGCCCGACCCUGAGGUCUUUGACCCUCUGCGCUUUUCCACUGAGAAUGUAUCCAAACGCCAUCCCCUUGUCUUUAUGCCCUUCUCUGCUGGGCCCAGGAACUGCAUUGGGCAGCAGUUUGUCAUGAAUGAGAUGAAGGUGGUCACAGCCAUGUGCUUGCUCAGCUUUGAGUUCUCCCUGGACCCCUCACGGCUGCCCAUCAAGAUGGCCCAGCUUAUCCUGCGCUGUUUGGUUACGUGAAUUUCCCUCUCAUAAAACUCCCCAUGAGCAGCAACUUGGCUCCUCUUUCUCUUCCUUUCUGUGCCCCUGAUAGCACCUGGCAUGUGUCUGGAUACCCUGUG